CAACCCAACACCGCCCUCAACACAACUUAAGCAAAUGGCCCACCAUAAAGCCGACGCAUCAAAACUCCUCGACGACCGCGGCUACGGUGGACGACUCAUCCGCGGUCAAAACCCCGCCCUGCUUUUCGAAACUGGCGUCCGCAACCGCAUAACGCAGUCCUACUACUGGAAAGAGCAAUGCUUCGGCCUCAAUGAAGCCACACUAUGUGACCGCGCUGCGCAGAUAAAAUUCAUCGGUGGCACGACGGGCGUGAAUGGAAAGCCUACGCCUUUUUUGUGUCUGGCGUUUAAGUUAAUACAGCUGGUGCCAGAUAAGAGUGUCAUAUUCGAGUAUUUGAAUUUCGAGGAUGAUGGGGAGGAAAGUGAUAACGAAGGGGAUAAAGCUGAACGGAAUGGAGAAGGAGAAGGGGAUGAGGAUGGAGACAAUGGUAUUAUGAAUGGAGGACGGGUGCAAGAUCCUGAAGCCGCCGGUAAGCGGGGCGCGUUUAAAUAUCUUCGAGCGCUCGCGGCGUUCUAUAUUCGGCUUGCAUGGGAGCCGGUCGAGAUUUAUAAUACUCUGGAGCCUCUGCUUUCGGAUUACCGCAAGUUGAAACGCAAGACGAAGGAGGGAUAUGCUAUGACGUACAUGGAUCAGUUUGUAGACGAUUUGUUGACGAAAGAGAGGGUCUGUGCGACGAGUCUUUGGAGAAUGCCGCCAAGGAGCCAGUUGGAGGAUUUGGAUUUACUGGAUGUGAGGGAGAGUCCGUUGCAGGGCGAGGUGGAUGCUAUGGAUGAGGAUAAUGGAGAGGAGGUGGAGGUUGUGGAGAGCGAAUCGGAUUGAUGUCGAAGAAAGGGAUUGGGACAAAAUCAUGAUAUGAAGGGAUGAUGACUAUCUAUUAUACCCGAUACGCCCCCUUCAUCAAUUUGUGGGAGUCGGCGCCUGGGAGCCGAUGAGGAUGGUAUGUAUAGGGCUUGUGUUGUACGUAGCAAGGAUGAGCGACACAGGGAAAACUGGUGAAGAUCUAAAGAUCACAGGUGAGAGGCACAUACGGUAUUC